AUGCACAAGAUAAUCUUAUUUUUCUGCCUCGUCGUUGUGGCGCUGGCCCAAUACCACCAUGAGGAGAAAGAACACAUCGUGGACUACUAUGCUCAACCCAAGUACAAGUUCGACUACAGCGUCCAUGACCCACACACUUACGACGAAAAGAAAGUUGAAGAACACAGGGAAGGAAAGCACACCGAAGGUUCCUACAAAUUCAAAGAAGCCGACGGAAAGAGCGAGAGACACGUAGCCCUUUUUGCCUGUUUGGUGGGAGUAGCCGUUGCUCAGUAUGGCCACAACUACGGACACCAUGAAGAACAUCACGUAGAUUACUAUGCCCCACCUCACUACAAAUUCGACUACAGCGUACACGAUCCCCACACCCACGACGUGAAGAAGCAAGAAGAGACCAGGGAAGGAGACGUGGUCAAGGGCUACUACUCCCUCUACGAACCCGAUGGUACCGAGAGGAUCGUCCACUACACCGCAGACAAGCACAAUGGAUUCAACGCCGUCGUAGAGAGGAAAGGACACGCUGUCCACCCUCAGCAUUACGGUCAUUCUUCUGAAGCCUACUACGGACACCAUUCUGGUGGAUACUCAGGUUCGUCCGGUGGUUCCUCUGGCUACAGCGGUGGCUCAGCUUCCUCUUCGUCAUCUUACCACGGUCGUUACUGA